UCUAAACCUUCCUUACCAUUUUUUUUCUCUUUCUUUUAAGUCCGGCCAGAGCAUUGACUUGAGACACAAGAAAGAAAUUAUUCCAUCUAAUCAUCAUUUUUGUUUUCGACGAAUCUACGGAGAGAGAGAGCUUUGAUGUAACGGACUAUGAGUGGGACACAGAGAAGAGCAGCGACCUAGGUUCAGUGACCGGAUCAUCGCCGCUGACGUCAAACCUUGGAAAGAGACUGAAGGCUAAACGGAUAAGUUUCAUGAAGAAGCGGCUAGCCUCUGUUUCUAAUCGCUUGACAUCCGUCUCUGGAGAGAGAGAGCCAGCUGCUCGACUGGACCGGCAGGAUUCAACGGCCUUGACAGGGCUCAGGUUCAUCAGUAAGGCUGACGGUGCUGCUGGCUGGACCGCCGUCGAGAAUCGGUUUGUUGAGAUCACGGCCACUAGUGGUGGAUUGCUGCCAAGGUCAAAAUUUGGAGAAUGCAUAGGGAUGGAUUCAACAGACUUUGCCUUGGAACUGUUCGACGCAUUAGCUAGAAGAAGGCUUAUGACACAAGACACUAUCGAUGGAGACCAGUUAAGGGAGUUCUGGGAACAAAUAAGUGCUCAAAGCUUUGAUUCCAGGCUUCAAACUUUCUUUGACAUGAUUGAUUCAGACGCCAAUGGUAGAUUAACUGAAGACCAAGUCAGACAGAUCAUCAACCUUAGUUCGUCCACCAACAAUUUGCCAAACAUCCAAAAACGGACAGAUGAAUAUGCUGCAAUGAUAAUGGAAGAGCUUGACCCAGAUAAUAUAGGAUACAUCAUGAUAGAGAGUCUUGAGACCUUGCUUUCGCAUGCGGAGACACGACAUAUACGCAGAGAUAGUGAAGGUAGCAAGAAGCUAAGCCACAUGCUAAGUCUUAAGCUUAAUACUACCCGUGACCCUAAACCGUUGAAGAGAUGGUACAGUGGACUGAGACACUUCGUAUCAGAUAGCUUGCAAACGACAUCGAUGUACUUUGCAAUACCAGUAGCUUUCCCUGCAUGCGAGGUACUAAUAAGACCAUUCAGAUCCAGUGUCAGCACGGUAACAAUUCGCAAAGUCGCUAUAUAUCCUGGAAACGUGCUGACUUUACACUUGUCAAGGCCAAGAAACUUCAAAUAUCAAAGCGGUCAAUACAUGUUUGUAACCUGCCCAACAAUCUCAACAUUUGAGUGGCAUCCAUUUUCAAUAACUUCUGCGCCGCAAGACGAGGAUCUGAGCAUUCAUAUAAAAGUAGUGGGAGACUGGACAAAUGCUCUCAAAGAAGUUUUCUCCGAGGUGUGUGCGCCACCUCCUGUCCGAGACAAUUAUCGAGAUGCAUAUAACCGCGAGGAAAUGAACCCAUGCAGUUUUCCCAAAAUCAUGAUUGAUGGUCCAUAUGACGCACCUGCACAAAAUUACAAGAAAUAUAACGUGGUUUUACUGGUCGGGCUUGGGAUUGGGACCGCUCCAAUGAUGAGCAUUAUCAAGGACAUCAUCAACAAUGUGGAGGCCAAGGAACAUUCCCAAUUCAGCCAAAUGGAGAAGGGAACACAACGACAUCAACAAGGUGAAAAGGAAAGUAUGAAGACUCGAAAGGCUUACUUCUAUUGGGUAACAAAGGAUCAAGGCUCAUACAGUUGGUUUCAGAACAUCAUGAACGAGGUAACAGAACGGGACACAAAUGGAGUCAUUGAAGUAAAUAACUAUUGCACUAGCAUCUGCGAAGAAGGAGAUGUUCGUUCUGUGUUCAUACGUACGCUUCAGUCUCUAAACCAUUCCAAAAAUGGCGUGGACAUUGUCUCUGGGACAAGGGUCAUGACCCACUUCGCCAAACCUAACUGGAAAAACGUCUACAAACAGAUAGCCAUGGAUCACUAUGGCUCUCAUGUUGGAGUGUUUUAUUGCGGAGAAGUUUCAUUGGCAGAGGAGUUAAGGCAGCUAGCUUUGGAGUUCACACACAAGACAGAAACUAGAUUCUCCUUCCACAAAGAGAACUUCUACCCACCAGAUAAAUAAUGAUGGUGUACAACAAGAUGAUUAAUGAAAUAAUUUUGGAGUAAGAAAGUGUGUUAUGUUUGUGUUUUUUGAAAGUUGAGGUGGUGAUUUUUUUUUCAGAACAAAACGUGUGUUGUGAGUAUUGGACGUGUGUGUGCGUGUG